AUGUUAAAGUGCAGCUGCGCAGUGAGCACAUUACCGCUAUCGACAAGGUGCUCGACAGCAGUAGCAUCGGUCGCUUCCUGGACGGGUACGAGCAGCAUCGCCGGCAGCCGAUACGCGAGCACAACUCGGAGACACCUUGCGAUCGAUAGCUGGGCUCGGCAGAGAAGCACGAGUUUUUGCCCUUCUCGUAGCAAUCGGGCCGCAUUCGUGACCGAGGCAAGGGGCCAGUGGUCGUUGCGACGUUUGGCAGCAUCACCACCGCAUCACCGGACUUUCGCUUCCACCUCGCAUUCGUCCGCCGCAAGUGCCCAGCGAUCCCAAGCGUAUGCCGAUGCCCGCAAAGCCCACUACCAACAACGCAACAGAUCGCUGCUGCUUUAUUCCUCGGCCACAAUCGUACUUGUCACGACCGCAUCUUAUCUGGCCGUACCCCUCUACCGCGUCUUCUGUAGUGCGACCGGCUAUGGCGGCACCCCUGCGACCGACAAAUCUCGAUUCGGCGCCGAGCGUUUGAUCCCUGUGGCCGAGACCGAACGUCGCAUCAGGGUGCAGUUCAACGCCGACUCGUCCGAUUCGUUGCCGUGGACGUUCACGCCUCAGCAAAAGGAAGUACGCGUGCUCCCGGGCGAGACUGCUUUGGCCUUCUAUACGGCCAAGAACAACUCGACUGAGGAUAUCGUUGGUAUCGCAACUUACAACGUGACGCCGAAUAAUGUGAGGCUCCAGCUCUUUGUUCUUCCCCGAACUAUUGCAGAAUGAUGUUGCGCGCGCUGCAUCUCGCCAGGUGCUGACCACAGCGAUUGCCACGAGGACAGAUCGCCCCUUACUUUGCAAAGGUCGAAUGCUUUUGCUUUGAAGAGCAGCGCAUCCUUGCCGGCGAAGAGGUGGACUUGCCCGUCUUCUUCUUCAUUGACAAAGACUUUCUCGAGGAUCCUCUUAUGCGUGAUGUGCAAGAGGUCACUUUGUCUUACACAUUUUUGUGAGCAAGCUCGUCGGGCAUCAAGCUUGGGACCCGUAGCUGACGUUUUCCGGCGGCCACUUUGUCCUCAGCCGAGCGCGACGAGAUCAUUUCGGUAACCUUGUGCCUGCGGAGGCAGACCUAUCCAGGUAG